AUGGAGCCUGUGAAUCCAGGAAGCUCGCUUAUAGUAACUGCCGCCCAAGCAUUUGAGAAAUGUUCGGAUCUAGCAGAAGGUCAGAAGAUUAUGGAGAGUAUGGCUAAAGAAGUCGAGGUCAAUAAGGAUUUAUUUUAUAAAGCCGUCGUGAAUUUUAUAUCUGGAAACAAAAGCAUAUUAGAGGAAAGUUUUAAGCCAGUCACAGAUGUUGAACUUGUUGAACCAGUAUCCACAGAUAUUGCACAAUAUAAAAAUGCAAUAGAAACACUUCUGAUUUUCGUGAGAAAAUACGAAAACGUUGCUAAUGGUCUUGAAACGGCUUUCGAAGAAAUAUCUGAUAAUUUGAAGAGUUGUUCGAAUAACAUAAAAGAUUACUUGGAAGACUUUAACGAUAUAAAGGAAGAACUGAAGCGUCUGCAGCAAAAUAAAUACAAACCAGAUAAACGACAGUCAACUGGAAAAUGGUCCACAGCAGCGAACAUACUUUCUCUAGCUGCAUCAUUCACGGUUGGUGGUUUUGCGCCUGAACUAUUACUUGGAGGUGCGAGCCUGAGCGCGGCUUACAAUUCCAACACUUGUUCUGGCGCGUGUGAGCAUAUUGAACAGCUUAGGGAGAAAAUUAAGAAAUUAGAAAUUCAAAUAAACAGCAAGAAAACAGUUGAGGUAUUGUAUGAAGCUUUGAGAGGUGCGACAGUUGAAGCUGGCCAAACAAAGGCGUAUUGGAAAAAGCGCAAUUAUGGUCUUGAAGGACUUCUUAAAAAGCUUGAAAAUCAUGAACAGCGAGGACAACACCUCGACGAAGCGGAAGCGCGGAACUUUAGGACGGAGUGGUUAGAUUAUCAGAAAGAGUACUCGAAAUAUUCGAGCACAAUUGUAUUAUAA